AUGAUGGUCCUACCCCAGGUUCCAGGCACCCAGCCUGCACAUCAAAUCGCUGUGCUCCGACCGUUGGCCGACUCGCUCUACGACUCCACCCGCGAGUCGACCGACCUUAUCAAUCAGGCGCACAAUGAGCUCGGCUUACUCUUGACGGUGCUUGGCACCGCUGAGACACAGUCCUCAUUCCUGGGCGAUCGCGAGAAUCCGGAACUAGAAAAGACGCUAGAACGCUGUCACACCACGCUCCUGGAUUUGGAAAAGCUUCAGAGUUGCUCCGAAGAGGUGGGGCCGCAGAGCCAAAUCUCGGACAUUCGCGCGCGAUUCUCGGACUUGAUCUUCGAGCUUAGUAUUGCGAAUGCUAAUAUGAUGAUAUCGUCGCAAAUUAAUGUGAGUCGUAUCGUGCGGGGCUUCAUCGACGAUGUAAAGUCUGGCAAGCGGGAGGCAAAAAUUGUCGCGAGUGCUCUGGACGAUACCUCUUCAAGCGGUGAUCAAGAAAGUGCGUGGGAAAAGCUGCAGCAUGAGUUGCAAGAUGCUGGCAUCGCCCCUCAAUUGACAUCCCAGAAUCGUGACAUUAUCAUGUCGACUCUUCGAAAGGCUGCGGAUCAAGAGGAACUAUUGAAGAAUAUCACGUCAACAGCACAAGCUUCUGAUCCAGUGGAUCUGAUACAACCACCAUCAGAUCAGGUGGUUGAACCUCAAGCUGCGUCCCAAGAAAAGGGCAUUUCCGACAAGGAGGUGAUACCGAAGAAAGAAGAGAACUUCCCCAUCCCCGUCGCAUUCGAGAUUCAGGACACGGAUGACUCCUCCAAACACGCGUGGGCCACUAUAACCUCGCCCAUGGAAGACUUUCCGAUUCCCGUUUUGUCUGAGCCAAGCCUUAUGGCCCAAGACACCGACAAGCAGGUGGUACCGCUGGCAUGGCAGCCCGACACACUCCCAAUUCCCGUGGAAACAGAGAACAGGAGACACAGCAGGGCCAGUAUAACCAGCUCUUCAGCAUUCAAAUCCCAGCAAGCUAUGCCUACAAUUGCACGGGGUAAGAAACCCAGUCUGAUGAGCCGAAUGAAGUUUAAAUGGAACAACUCCAAAGAUGAAUUUGUUGCAUUGAUUCAAAUGGGCGAGGUCUGCUCGGUCAAAUACGCGCUAGAUAAAGGUGCCGACGUGAACACGAUGAAUUCGCAGGGCCAGACUGCCCUGAUGGUUGCCGUCUCCUACGGCCAUGAAGACGUUAUCUCGCUGCUUUUGGAAUACGGUGCCAAAAUGGACAAGAUAGGCACCCACGGCGAGACUGCUUUAGGAGUUGCUGCACUACGAGGAUUCGAUGACAUUGCCCAACUGCUUCUGGUCCAUGGUACCAAUCCCAACUGUGGGAAAAACAUGGGCAAAACGGCCCUUUCUCAAGCUGCUAUCAGCGGGAGCUUGACCGUAGCCACGUUACUACUGGACUGUGGUGCCGACCCCAACGCAGUGAGUUCGAAUGGUGCCACGGCACUGGUUUGCGCGGCCGACAGCGGCCGCAUGCAAAUUUCCCAGCUUCUACUCGAGCGCGGAGCUUUGGUGGAUAAGUGUGGUUAUCCUCGCCGAACGCCGCUUUUCAAGGCUGUGCAGAGAGGCAAUAUCGGAAUGGUGGAGUUGCUCUUGUCGUCUGGCGCAGAUGCUCAUCUUCAGGAUGUUCAUAAGCAGACACCCAUGUCGCUUGCCAUCUCGCUUGGCAGGGACGAGAUUGUCAGCAUCUUCUACCAACAUGGGCUUGAAAACGAGAGCCACACUACUGGUGCUACUGGUGUCCUUCAUCAGCCUGCCGGGCCUGGUGAUGUGAAGAGUUCUGCUAUUUAUCAAUAUUAUUGA